AUGCCUUCUAUCAACAAUACCCAGUUCCACCCGCUCUUCUUCAUGCUGUUAGGAAUACCAGGACUGGAGAUUGCACAUGUCUGGAUUGCUAUACCAUUCUGUAUUGUGUAUCUGAUAUCCCUUGUGGGGAAUAUCACCAUUCUCUUUGUGAUUAAGACUGAACACAGCUUCCACCAGUCCAUGUUCUACUUCUUGGGCAUGUUGUCUAUGACUGAUCUGGGCCUAUCCACAACCACAAUCCCCAAAAUGUUGGGCAUCUUCUGGUUCAACCUCCAAGAGAUCAGCUUUGGGGGCUGUCUUGCUCAGAUGUUCUUUAUCCAUAUGUUUACAGGCAUGGAGACAGUUUUACUGGUGGCCAUGGCUUACGACCGCUUUGUUGCCAUCUGCAACCCUCUCCAGUAUACAGUGAUCCUCACAAAUAAAACCAUUGGCAUCCUGGUCUCUGUUGUUGUCGGAAGAAAUUUAAUUCUUGUUACUCCAUUUGUGUUUCUCAUUCUGCGACUACCCUUCUGUGGGCAUCACCUCAUGCCUCACACCUACUGUGAGCACAUGGGUCUUGCCCGAUUGGCCUGUGCAUCCAUCAAGGUGAACAUAAUCUAUGGGCUCAUGGUGAUUUCUAAUAUCAUAGUGGAUUUGAUCCUGAUCACUUCCUCCUAUGUGCUUAUCCUUCGAGCUGUUUUCCGCCUUCCUUCUCAAGAUGCCCGGCUAAAAGCUCUCAAUACUUGCGGUUCCCAUGUCUGUGUCAUGCUGUGCUUUUACAUACCAGCUUUUUUUUCUUUUAUGACACACCGCUUUGGCAAAAAUAUUCCACAUUAUAUUCAUAUUCUUUUGGCUAAUCUAUACAUAGUUGUCCCACCUGCCCUUAAUCCCAUUAUAUAUGGAGUCAGGACCAAACAGAUCCGAGAUCGGGUUGUAAAGAUAUUUACACAAAAUGAAUAA